AGCUGCUGCUGCUGCCUCGAGGUUUUCUCAGUCAGUCAUCGCAGCUCCCUAUGUCGCUCUAAGGGUUUUCAUGCAUCAUUAUCUAUAGUAUUUGCUAUGUUCAUAUCAGCAAAGCCAACCAGAUCAAGAGACCAGUCAUCCGACUAGUCAGUCGCCGCCCCCUCUUAUGUGCCUUUGCGACGGUCCAAUAGCGCCAAGUCAACGCAAAUGCGAUGGAAUUAGCCCACAGAUACACGUACUCGCCUCUGCCACCAGGCUGCAUCCGAGUCCUCGAACUCCACCCCUGGGCGUCAACUAACGCAGCCCUGAGAUGUCGUGUCAUCGUACAGCAGAUAGACGAAGCUCCCUAUGAGGCGCUCUCAUACGUAUGGGGCGAUAAGACACCCUAUGCUGACGUCCAUUGCCAUGAUGGUGGUAUCGACGAUGAGAAGGGAGAGAACGAUGGAGUUGCCAGUAUCGGCGCCAACUUGGCUAAAGCCCUGAUGGCAUUCCGUCUCCCUGACGAGUCGCGACGGCUGUGGGUAGAUGCCGUGUGUAUCAACCAAGAAGACCUAUCCGAACGACAAUCCCAAGUCCGUCUCAUGGGGCAAGUAUUCCGCGACGCCUCGCACGUCCUCUGCUGGCUGGGUGGGUUCGAGGACCCAGAGCUGGGUCAGAAGAAAGCUGGUGUCGCUAUUGACUUCCUGCGACGGUUCAAUGCCGCGCCGCGAGAAGUCCUGAGGGAGGCACAGGAUUAUUUACACGCGACCAAUGCCCACACCCCAACGCACAAGCCAACACUAGAGUCCUGGCUCCUAAUCAAGGAUUUGUUCGAUGUCGAGUACUUCCACCGCGCCUGGAUAAUCCAAGAAGUCGGGCUCGCGCGCAAAGCGCGACUCUACUGGGGAAAUACCGAGACUUGGGUCGACUGGGACGAAGUCGCCGCGUUUGCGCGGUUCAUGGACGACAACGGGGCGAGUGUGAUAAACUAUUUCGAAUUGAAAUCGUGGGUGUGCAACCACAUCAACCUCGUCUGGGAGAUGAAGCCCGACGACGGGCUGCCGAAGUUCAAUUUCGUCGAGGUGCUACAUUGGGCGAGGAUCCAUCGCUCUACCGAUCCGAGAGAUUACGUGUAUGCCCUUUUGGGACACCCCAGUGCGACGGAGAGUGGGACGAGGGGUUUGAUUGUAGAGCCGGAUUAUAAGAUUGGUACACCGGAGGCAUAUACAAAUUUGGCGGUGAGUGAUAUUAGGAGGAGUGAAGGGUUGCAUGUCCUGGCUUUUGUGGACCAUGGGGAGAAGCCUGAGUCGAGGCGUAAGGGGUUGCCGACUUGGGUUCCAGAUUGGCAUGCGUUGAAUUUGGUGGCGCCGUUGAGGUCGCCUACGCAGGCUGCACCGAAGACGGAUGGGGGGAUUGAGGUUCUCACAGCGGACGAAGAAGUCAAGCUGUGUUGCCGUGGGUUUGUUCUUGGUACGGUCAUUGGCAUGACGGAGAUGAUUGACCCGAAAGAACUUGUUGUUACGAGUCUUGAGGCAGAGAUGAAGAAGGGGGUUCCCUUUCUGGUCGACCAUAUCUGGGACAGGAUCGUCAAACAACCCGAGUCCCCUCUCGAGUCUUCCGAGCAGUUCAUUGACGCGCUCAGCUUUGUCCUCACAGGUGGUCAUCUUGGCACGGACAAGGCAGAUUCGGGGGAGCGCCGAUACCAACAGAGAGCAGAUUACGCAGCGUUUAUCCUCAAGUUCGAACAAAUACGACCAAACAACUCAAGUCCUGGCUUCCUUCACAGUCUGAUGCCAGAAGACCGGAAAGCGGUCGAAAAGCUGGCAUCAAAAGGUUCCGCAGCCCAGUUCGUCCAGGACAUGACGUGGACUUCGAUGUGCCGGAAGGUGUUUCGCACAAAAAAAGGGCACAUUGGCCUUGGUCCACGGAUCAUGGAAGCGGAUGAUGUAUGUGCAGUGUUUUUAGGAGCGAUAUACCCUAUAAUCUUACGGAAGCGUGGUGAUGAUUUUGAACUUAUUGGCCCGGCUUUGAUUUAUGGGUUUAUGAACAGGGAGGCUGUGGGGGCUUGGAGAAGGGGCGAGCUUGGUGAGAGACAAUUUCGCCUCGUAUGAAUUGCGGUGUGUAGAGGAGGGAAUCCAUGAUCGAGAGGCCUGAGAGGGCGAUGGAUUAAGGCCAUAUGGUAGCAUUUUGAACAUGGCAAUUAAUGUACUAUAAGGUAUGGUCUGGACUGAACAUAGAGACUCAUAUAUAUUAGCAAAACCUUCGAUCUUGGGCAUAUGAAG